ACUGGGCCAAGAGGAAGCUAUCCGAGACUUUCGUGAGUGCGGUCUCUGCGGAAAAGUGAAGUGGCUAGUGAGAAAGCCUGGACAGAGGAAAUGGAAAUCCCCCCAUUAUACCUAGUGAGAUAUCAGAGACCAGACUGGAGAAGCAGAGAAAGGGCAAGGGUGAAAGAGCAAGGUAGAGUGAGUACAAGGUCCUCCAGGCGGGCUAGAUGAGCCAGGUCGGGAACAGACACUUCCGGGGCGGGGCGUUUUCUUUUCCCCAGGCCGGAAAUGUGGGUUAUAAACACUGCAAUAGUCGCCUCUCGUGUCCGUUUGGCUGUUGCUCCUUCUUGCCUUAGAGUCUCCGUUAGCAGUAGGGUCGCCAUGGCGAAGAGCAAAUUCGAGUAUGUACGGGAUUUCGAGGCGGAUGACACAUGCCUAGCCCAUUGUUGGGUGGUCGUGCGGCUAGACGGAAGGAACUUCCAUCGUUUUGCAGAAAAACACAACUUUGCAAAACCCAAUGAUAGCCGAGCCCUGGAAUUGAUGACCCAAUGUGCCCAGACUGUAAUGACACAACUGGAAGACAUUGUCAUGGCAUAUGGACAAAGUGAUGAAUAUAGCUUUGUAUUCAAAAGGAAGAGCAAUUGGUUUAGAAGAAGAGCCAGUAAAUUUAUGACAAACGUGGCCUCUCAGUUUGCCUCCAGCUAUGUCUUUUAUUGGAAGGAUUACUUUAAGGACCAGGAGCUUCUAUAUCCUCCAGCCUUUGAUGGAAGAGUUGUAGUGUAUCCUAGCAACCAGACCUUAAAGGACUAUCUCAGUUGGCGACAAGCUGAUUGUCACAUUAACAAUCUUUAUAAUACAGUUUUCUGGAUGCUGAUACAGAGAUCUAAAUUAACACCAGCACAAGCUCAAGAAAGAUUACAGGGAACACUUGCUGCAGAUAAGAAUGAAAUUUUGUUUUCUGAAUAUAACAUCAACUACAAUAAUGAACCACCAAUGUACAGGAAAGGAACUAUACUCAUAUGGAAAAAGAUUAAAGAAGUUAUAUCAAAGGAAAUCAAGCUUCCAGGAGAAACAGAAGAAAAAAAAGUUGAAGUGACACGGACAAGGACUAAACCAGUUGCUUUACACUGUGAUAUCAUUGGUGAUGCUUUCUGGAAGGAGCAUCCUGAGAUCCUUGAAGAUGACAGCUGACUUGUCUUUUCCUUUGUGGUUAUCCAUGCAGGCAUCGGAUUCUUGCUAGCUAAACUACCUCUGACAUUAGUUAGAGUUCUGUGAAAUACACAUUUUAUGUAAGCAGCAAGAAAGAUCAGUUUUGGGGGGAGGGAAAAAGAGGGAGAAAGAGGUAGCACAUCUUACUCUUCUGAAAGCAGGGCACCUUUUUUUUGUACCAUAGAAACAUGGUUCCAUUGCAGAAACACAAAUAAAAUUGUGUUACUAUUUUUGCAAAGCAAUUAGCUAUAUCUUGUAUAAUUAAUCUUUUUAGACUGUGGUAUAAAUCAUUUUAAAAACUGCCACCUACUCCUAACUAGCUUAGAGUUAGGAUAUAGUGACUUUGAAAUUCUUACCCUUCUUAACAAUCUGUGUACAUUUCUCCUUGGCAGACCUGAAAAUAAACAUGAACUACAUGUUUAUGAAUUAUAUGUUUUUGUAUCCCUCAAUUAUGGUAACUCUAGAUUGACCAGCUGUAUACACUUCAGUUGGUUGAAUUACUGGGCAAUCAUUUGUUCCUGUGGGUUCUGCUGUUAUUUUCAGCUUUCUUCCCAAGAGUAGCAUUUCAGAUCCAAACUUCUAAGAAAUACACAUAUUUCUUUGGGGAUGAGAGAUACAGAGAAGGGGUGCAUAGAGGAGUGGAACAGGCCUGAGUAAUUCGUUGCAUUUUUCAACAGACAUUAAAUACCUACUGUGUUGUGGGAGAUAAAAUUUGUAUAAGUAAUAGUUCUUCCUCAAGCAGCUUAGCACAAGAAAAAGAUACCAACACAGAGAGCUGUUUAUUAUAACAGAAUUAUAUAUUUUAAAGUCAUUCAUCUUCAAUUUCUGAACAGCUUUUUAUACUUGCAAAGGUGAAUUGGUUCAGUUGUAUUUCAUAUAGUUUUUUUUUUUUCCUUUUGGGGCUCUGUAAAUGAUUCUUGCUCUGAGACUCAGACUGGUUUGGAAGGGCAGAUGGAUCUUUGUAUUUAUGAUUGGAUCACAGGGGCUUUCAUUUUAAAAUGAUGCAGAAAAUCCCUUGAAUAUAGUUGGUGUGGACUGUUCCUUCUGAAUUAGGGACUUUAAAUGUCUCCUGGUGAUGCUAGCCUGAACAGACAUAGGUAGGGCAAGAACAGGCAGUAUCACUGUUAACAUUAAGGUACCAGUUUAUUUAGAAUUGAUAGUGAGAGGGAAUGAAACAUAAUUAGAUGAAUUGAAGGAGAAAUAAAAAUUCCUGAUGUAUUCAUCAGGAACUGAUUCAAGAGACCCAUAUCCUGUUUUUUGUAAAGCUUAAAGCCAAGAAGUAAAUAUAUCACUAAAAAAUCUAAGUCUGGGCUCAUCCCCGACUAGUUAACAUCCCAUCUGUUCAACUUUCGGUCUCUCUUCCUAUUCUAACAGGAACUUUUGUGAGUUAGACAUAGCUGAUUUAUGGUGUUAAUUAUGUGAACCUGUUAAAGGUGAAAUAAAGGCUUAUGGGUCUGCGUG